CUUUUUAAUAUAUUUGUUAAAGAUGUCCAAGACAUCAUUCGCCAUUCGAGCCUCUUGCAGUUCGCUGAUGACCUCAAGAUCUAUAAAAAUAUUUCGUCAUUAAAUGAUUGUGCUCUACUGCAGGAAGAUAUCAACGCCAUCUGUCUAUGGUGUAAAGAUAACGGGCUUGAUCUUAACAUUGGAAAAAGAAAUGUAAUAUCUUUCACGCGUAAGACUAAUCCAACUCACUUUCUCUACUACUUAGAAAAUUCGUCGAUUACUCGAGUUACGAUUGUGAAAGAUCUGGGAGUGAUGCUAGACUCCAAACUCAACUUUAACUCGCACGCGACAUACGUUGUGAGCUCUUGUUUUCGUCUUCUCGGUUCAAUUUCAAGAUUUAGUAAGUGUUUUUCAAGUGUUUACCUUUUUUACGUACUUUACCCAAUCAUAGUUCUUCCAAAACAUGACUUCUGCACUGUGAUUUGGAACAGCCUUAGUGCUACAGCUUCCAAUAAUGUGGAACGCGUACAGAAAAGAUUUGCCAGAACUUAUCAUUUGAGAUCCCCAUCACGCGAUCUAUAUGAUUACAACGAAGUGCUUAGACAAUUGCAAAUCACUAACCUUGCAUCAAGACGAUGCUCGCGCGACCUUUUAUUCUUGUUUAAAUGCAUAGAUUCUAAUCACGAUAUUAGCUCUCUGGUCACAUCUAUUAACUAUCAUAUACCCGAUAGAAAUGUUCGUUCUAGUCGCACUUUCCAUGUCAAUUACAGCGAUUUCACGUCACCCUCGGGCCGACUGCAAAACUACUUCAAUCAUCUGGAAUCAGAUGGCAUUGACAUUUUUAACCCUAACCAACAUCAUUUUAGGAAGUGCUUGCUUCAUGUACUGAAAUAA